AUGGAGUCGCACCUGUGUACAGUCUCGAAAGACACGGACGGAUUCGGGAGGCUGCAUGUGCAUGUGUCGGUAGGUGGGAACACGUCGAGGUGCAUGUCUUCCUUGUCCAUUCCUACCCUCCCACCACCACCACGAACCUAUUUGUCGCGAGCUUCUCAAAGCGCGCGCGCACACACUCACUCACUCACACAAGCUAUCCAGUUCAGGCCUGCGCGGCCGUAG